GCGGUGCCCGGUGUGUCGGUGCCCGAUGGCGCUGGCGGCUGCCGGGGCGCUGCGCGCUCUGCGCCUCCCGGCGCGGCUCCCGUUCGCUCCCCGGCGCUGCGGCUCGGGGGACGCGGCGGUGCUGCCGCCCGGCGGGUACCGGCACUGGAGGGAGCGGGCGGCCCGGGACCCCGCCGGGUUCUGGGCGGAGGCGGCGCGGGGGCUGCUGCGCUGGGACGGACCCUUCCACACCGCCUGCCAGCCCGGACCCGCCGGCACCGCACGGUGGUUCCUGGGCGGCCGCAUCAACGUCUCCGUAAAUUGCUUGGAUCAACAUGUUGAAAAGUCUCCAGACAGAGUGGCUUUGAUUUGGGAAAGAGAUGAGCCUGGCACUGCAGUGCAUGUCACAUACAGGGAACUUCUGGAUCUGACUUGCCGUCUUGCCAACACCCUGAAGAAAUACGGGAUACAGAAAGGGGACAAGGUGGCCAUCUAUAUGUCUGUGUCUCCCUUGUCUGUCGCAGCCAUGCUGGCUUGCACCAGGAUUGGUGCUGUCCACACUGUGGUCUUCGCUGGAUUCAGCGCGGAAUCCUUAGCUGGAAGGAUCAUGGACUCUGAAUGCAAAGCAGUUAUCACCUACAACCAGGGAGUCAGGGGAGGCCGAAUCAUAGAGCUGAAGACAACUGUGGAUGAAGCUGUGAAGAACUGCCCAAGCAUCAAACAUGUUUUUGUGGCUCAGAGGACAGAUAACAAAGUCCAGAUGGGUGAACGUGAUAUUCCCCUCGAGGAGGAGAUGGCCAAGGCAGCUUCUGUAUGUACUCCGGAGAGCAUGGACAGUGAAGACAUGCUUUUCAUGUUGUAUACCUCUGGCAGCACUGGGAAACCCAAAGGCAUUGUUCACUCCCAGGCUGGAUACCUGCUGUACGCUGCUCUCACACACAAGUAUGUAUUUGACUACCAGCAAGGCGAUGUUUUUGGCUGUAUGGCUGACAUUGGCUGGAUCACAGGACAUAGCUAUGUUGUGUAUGGACCACUCUGCAAUGGAGCCACCUCUGUCCUCUUUGAAAGCACUCCAGUGUACCCUGACCCAGGUCGUUACUGGGAAGUGGUACAGAGGUUGAAAAUUAAUCAGUUUUAUGGAGCACCUACGGCUAUAAGAUUGCUCCUGAAUUAUGGAGAAGAGUGGGUGAAGAAAUAUGACAGAUCUUCCUUGAAGACUUUGGGAUCAGUUGGAGAGCCCAUCAACAACGAAGCCUGGCAGUGGUUCUACCAUGUGGUGGGAGAAGGGCGCUGCACCCUUGUCGACACGUGGUGGCAGACAGAAACUGGUGGUAUCUGCAUUGCCCCACGGCCUUCAGAGGAGAAAGCUGAGAUUCUUCCGGCUAUGGCUAUGAGACCUUUCUUUGGGAUUGUGCCCGUGCUGAUGGAUGAGAAAGGAAAGGUUAUAGAGGGCAAUGAUGUGUCCGGUGCUCUUUGCAUUGCCCAGCCAUGGCCUGGCAUGGCAAGAACAAUCUAUGGAGAUCACCAGCGAUUUCUUGAUGCCUAUUUCAAAGUCUACCCAGGUUACUACUUCACAGGGGAUGGUGCUUACAGGACCAAGAAAGGCUAUUACCAGAUAACAGGGCGUAUGGAUGAUGUCAUUAACAUCAGUGGACACAGGCUUGGGACAGCAGAGAUAGAAGAUGCAAUGGCUGAUCACCCUGAGGUCCCCGAGACAGCUGUGAUUGGGUAUCCCCACAAGAUCAAAGGAGAAGGUGCCUUUGCUUUCGUAGUGGUAAAGGAGCAGACAACUCAUGUAGACCGUGUCAAAGAAGAGCUCAAAACCAUAGUGGCUUCCAAGAUAGCAAAAUAUGCUGUACCUGACCACAUUCUGGUGGUGAAACGUCUUCCUAAAACCCGAUCGGGGAAGAUUAUGAGAAGGCUGCUGAAGAAAGUGGUCACUGAACAAUCAAACAACAUGGGAGAUGUCACCACACUUGAUGAUCCAAGUGUUGUCAAUGAGAUAUUGGAUGCUUACCAGAAGUACAAGGAGAAGAGUUCCUCCUAGCAAGCACUUCUGGAAUCUUUCUCCUCUGGAAAUGUGGAAGGUCUCGAGCAACCAGGCAAACAACAUAGUUCUUUCUUGGUGUUGUUUAGAAAACCUGUGUUCCCUUCUAGGGAAAUGAGAUUUUCUGCUCCACGAUGUAUUUUGAGAUGCAGAGCUAAGAGCAGUCUGCAGUGUUGCACAGUGGGUGAACUCCCUUUCAUUGCUCUUAGAGCUCUUGUACAGGAGCCACUGGUGGUUUCCUUUAGCUAUGAGAAAAUUUAAUACUAGCUGAAGCAAGAUGCAGAUGUUAAUGUUUCUCAUUUUAAUGUUACUGUACACGGAAAUGUUUUUUAUACAAUACUUAGGCUAUUUUAAA